CUGCCCCAGCUCGCGCAGCGCGGACCCACCUAACGCCCUCCUCGGCCCUCGGCUCUUCUGGGGCCGUCCCGCCCCUGCACCAGGGCCUAGUGCCUUUCCGGUUAGCCUCGGAGACCCUGGCCGAGCAGUGUCCGUUCGCCUGGCCGGGGGGCCUCAGGACAUUAUUUCUGGGUGACAACCCGCAGGGCCUUCCGCCCCUCGCGACCUCUCGGGAGUCCCUUCCCCGACGCCCGCGGGGCUGCAGGUUCGGUCUCGGGGCCUCCUUUCCGCAGUCCGCCCGGCUCUAGGCUAGUAUGCUUUAAUUAUGUCAAUAAUAUGACUCCGGCGAUCCUGUGCGGCUAGGGGAUGCGGCCGUGGGCGGCGGAGUCCAGGCGGAGUCAGCUCUCCACGCGCUAGGCCGCCUCCUCCUCACCGCUCGCCGGGUUCAAAGCUCGCGCCUCAGGCGAUGGCGGCCAACUGGUUCGCCGCUGAAGGCCCCGCCGACGCCCCGCCCCCCACGCCUCGACGCCCCGCCCCUUGCGUGCCCACCCGCGCCCCGCAGCCUCGCCCCCAGCGCCCACCCUAAGUUUCGCUGUUCAGUGGGCCGGCGCUCACCAAGGCCGGGUGCCUAGCUUCAACCCCGAGGUCUCCGUGCCCUGCCUCCCGUCGCCAGGGGGCGGGGAUAGCGCGCUGGGCGUCGGGGCGGGGCCUUGGCUGCGUCGGCUGCGUAGCGCGCGCGCCGAUCGGACAGUGCUGCAGCCGUUGGCCGUUAGAGUGGCUUGGGCGGUUGUCUUGGAGAAGCAAGAUGGCGGCGACGGCGGCUGCAGUGGUGGCCGAGGAGGACACGGAGCUGCGGGACCUGCUGGUGCAGACGCUGGAGAACAGCGGGGUCCUGAACCGCAUCAAGGCUGAACUCCGAGCAGCUGUGUUUUUAGCCCUAGAGGAGCAAGAAAAAGUAGAGAACAAAACUCCUUUAGUCAAUGAGAGCCUGAAAAAGUUUUUAAAUACCAAAGAUGGUCGUUUAGUGGCUAGUCUUGUUGCAGAAUUUCUUCAGUUUUUUAACCUUGACUUUACUUUGGCUGUUUUUCAACCUGAAACUAGCACACUGCAAGGUCUCGAAGGUCGAGAGAAUUUAGCUCGAGAUUUAGGUAUAAUUGAAGCAGAAGGUACUGUGGGUGGACCAUUAUUAUUAGAAGUGAUCAGGCGCUGUCAACAGAAAGAAAAAGGGCCAACCACUGGGGAAGGUGCACUAGAUCUAUCUGAUGUACAUCCUCCACCAAAGUCACCAGAGGGAAAAACCAGUGCACAGACAACAUCAAGUAAGAUACCAAGGUAUAAAGGACAAGGUAAGAAGAAGACAAGCGGGCAGAAGGCUGGUGACAAGAAAGCCAACAAUGAGGCCAAUCAGAGUGAUACAAGUGUCUCCCUGUCAGAACCCAAGAGCAAAAGCAGCCUUCACUUACUGUCCCAUGAAACAAAAAUUGGAUCUUUUCUAAGCAACAAAACUUUAGAUGGCAAAGACAAAGCCGGCCUUUGUCCAGAUGAGGAUGAUAUGGAAGGAGAUUCUUUCUUUGAUGAUCCCAUUCCCAAGCCAGAGAAAACUUAUGGUUUGAGGAGUGAACCUAGGAAGCAACCGGGAAGCCUGGCCUCGCUCUCGGAUGCACCCCCCUUAAAAAGUGGACUCAGCUCCCUGGCGGGGGCCCCUUCCUUAAAAGACUCUGAGAGUAAAAGGGGAAAUACAGUUUUGAAAGAUCUGAAAUUGAUCAGUGAUAAAAUUGGAUCACUUGGAUUAGGAACUGGAGAAGACGAUGACUAUGUGGAUGAUUUUAACAGUACCAGCCAUCGCUCAGAGAAAAGUGAGAUAAGUAUUGGUGAAGAGAUUGAAGAAGACCUUUCUGUGGAAAUAGAUGACAUCAAUACCAGUGAUAAGCUUGAUGACCUCACACAAGACCUGACUGUAUCCCAGCUCAGUGAUGUUGCAGAUUAUCUGGAAGAUGUUGCAUAGUCACGAAGAAGGAAGUAUUCUCAUUAACAAGGACAGAGGACUGACCAGUUCCAUUUUUUUUUUUUUCCCCAGACAAUCACUCAGCUGGAAUGUCUGCUCUCUAUUGGUGCCUUGCAUUUCAAAAACAUUGCAGAUAUUUUUUAAAAGUAAUUUUCAUUUUACUAAACAAAAUACUUCCUAUUUGAGCCCAUGUGUGAAAGAUUUAAUAUUCUUAAUUUAACUGUACAUUUCUUUAUGGAAAUUGAUUAUCUACACAGUUUCAUUACAGGGAAGGAACCCAUGAAAACAUCAGUGUUAAGAGCAUGAUGAAAGGUGUCAAUAAAGCCGUAGGAUCGCACAACCCUGUGUGUGUGUGGCUGCUGGUACGUGUGGUCUUUGAAAACCUUGGCUUCAGCCCUCUGGAAUCAGAGCUUACCCACCAUAGUAUAUUUUGAUAUUAGGUGGUUCUACACAUAGUUGGCAAAAUGACUUGGUAAAUUUGUAAUACUGAAGUAUAUUAGUAUAAGUUAAAUUUGAUGUGUCAACUUUAUUUUGUAUUUCCUUCCAUUUGGAAGGUUUGUUAGACCAUUAAGGUUAUAUUAAAGUACUCUUGUCUGUGCUAUUUAGUUUUGCUUGUUUUAAAGAAAUCUAGAAGUGGUUAUGAGUUUUAAUUCAUAGAAUUGUCAAUAACAGAUAACAUUUGCAAUCGUCUUUCCUCCUGUUGUCCAUGUAAGCAGCUUUAGUCGUAGGUUCUCUUCAUUAUAAUUUAUUAUUUGUAAAGAUUCUUUGAAACAUAUUCAGUACCAAAAUGCAUCUGAAACCAUUAAGCAGUGCUUUUAUUUCAGAUCUGUAAGUUAAUUGUAUUAAAAUCCAAAUUGGAAUGAAAUAGUAGUAAUGGCCUAAGACCAUGUUCAGUUUGACAAGCUUUAUAUACUGUACAUAAUUUCAUUGUAAUCCUUAAAAAUAGAGCCAAUAAUAGAAUUUCCGCAGUCUCAUUUAUACGGUUAAAGCAUUAUUGCUAUUAUGUAGGUCACGGACGUUUAUAAUACCAAAAUAUUUUAAAAUGUGCAAGUAGAAAAAACAGUAGAAAGUGAUGCAUGCAUAUUUAUAUAUAAGUAAAGCUAGGAUUAUGCUGUUUUUGCACUUUAUCAUUUCAAUUAAGUUGAGACUUUUUACUACAAGUUACCUUUAUUAGUAAAAGGAGAAAUUAGACCUAAUUCAUUGGUCUCAGUAAGCGAGCAGACUGCAUGACUUGUGCAAUGCCAGUUUCUCAUUUCAUAUUAGCCUAAAUAUUAUAGAAAUUACUCCUUGGGCGCUAACAUGUAGAGGAAAUGAAAAUGUAAGGAUUAAGGCUGUGUAACAGAAUCUGGCUUUUUAAACUUUAAGUGAAACAGCUGUAAACAUCAAGAGGAAGUAGGACAUAAACUGGGCCGGUACAGCCUAGAAGCCCUGCGUAUUUCUGCCCUCUGUCUGUGAGCUGCUAUCUCAGUCUCCUUCAGCUCUUCAUGUCUUAGUAAACAGCACCAUGUGCAGAUGGAAUCUUGUUGCAGUCCCCCAGUGUGGUUGUUAUAAAAUGCAUUUAUUUGUAAGUCAUCUCUGUAAACAGUCACUUUCUAAAAGCACUAUAGUUCUGGCCCUCUGGAAUCGGGAUCACAUGUAUGAUUUAUUUUUAAUAUUUGAUAGGAACUAGGUUUCAGUGAAAUGAUUUGAAAGCAUAGCAGGAUGUGGCUUUUUAAAUUUAUGAAACUGUCAAACAGUAGCAACUGAAAUUUGUCACUUUUCUGUUACCCAGAGAAUCAGACCUUUUGAUAAUAUUUGGGAGGGUAAGAGAAAAAUGCCAAAUAUGAAACUUUUUUGUCAGCACUACAUACAUCGUUUUUUUUGCGGGGGCAGGGGUACGGAGUCUCACUCUGUCACUCAGGCUAGAGUGCAGUGGUGUGAUCUCGGCUCACUGCAACCUCCGCCUCCCGGGUUCAAGUGAUUCUCCUGCCUCAGCCUCCUGAGUAACUGGGAUUACAGGUGCCUACCACCACGCUCUGCUAAUUUUUGUAGUUUUAGUAGAGAUGGGGUUUCACCAUGUCGGUCAGGCUGGUCUCAAACUCCUGACCUCGUGAUCCUCCCGCCUUGGCUUCCCAAAGUGCUGGGAUUACAGGCAUGAGCCACCGUGCCAGGCCAGCACUACAUCCAUUUUAUUGAAUAAUUUUGAAUGACUUAAAGUUCAACUAUGAAAAAGCUUUCUUUUCACAUGUACUUUUUGAUUAGGUAUUGUCAACUUAUUCAACUUGAAGAUGUGAAGUGACAGGUUUUGCAUGUGAUGAGUGUUUUCUGUUAAAAAAUAAAUAUUGAAAUAUUAACCCACGAAAUACAUUUUUAUGGUAACCUUUGUUUUACAGUGGAGUUUUUUAAAUGCUAGGUCUUUUAUUGAUAACUACAAAUGAAUAAAAAGCACUUACUCUCU